GAGGACGUUAACUAUGUAGGAAAAGGCUGCUGUUGGAAAAGACUGCCACAUAAGACUUUUAAAGAAGAUUUCUUCCAUUCCAAUAUGGAUCAGUUACGUCCAAAGCUUUUUGACUUCCAUGGUGUGUCUAUGACACAUUUUUUCACAGACAACUGGGACAAAGUCCAGAACUUCAAAGCUAAACCAGAUGACAUUGUUGUUGCCACAUACCCUAAAGCAGGCACCACUUGGGUCUGCUACAUUCUUGACCUACUGUUUUUUCAUCAGACAUGUCCUGAGCGUGAAAAAUCUGUCGCUAUCUAUGACAGAGUGCCAUUUUUGGAGUUGAUCUUCCCACUCUAUCCUACAGGAACAGACAAGGCAGAUACGUUGCCUACCUCUCCUCGCAUUAUCAAAACUCAUCUGCCUGUUCAGUUCCUACCUAAGUCCUUCUGGGAGCAGAACUGCAAGAUUGUUUAUGUUGCUCGCAACGCUAAGGACAAUGUUGUUUCCUAUUUCCACUUUGACAGAAUGGAAAAGUUACAACCAGAACCAGGAGACUGGAGCAGUUUCUUACAAAGAUUCAAAGAAGGAAUGAUGGUGUUUGGCUCCUGGUAUGACCAUGUAAGUAGAUGGUGGGAAAAGAAAAGGACAUACUCCAAUAUCCACUAUAUAUUCUAUGAGGAUCUGGUGAAGGACACUGGACUUGAGAUCAAAAAACUUGGCUCAUUUCUUGGUUUAUCCACAUCCGAAGAAGAGAGGAAGAAGAUUGUAGCAGGUGUUCAGUUUGAUGUCAUGAAGGCGAAUCCCAUGACUAACCUCAGUGAUGAUCUAACGCUGGACUUCAGUGUCUCCCAAUUUCUGCGUAAAGGUAAAGUCGGUGACUGCAAGAAUCACUUCACUGUGGCUCAGAAUGAACAGUUUGAUGAACACUACAAGCAGAAGAUGAAGGGCACAAACUUACAGUUCUGUGAAGAGAUAUAGAUUUGGAAAAAUCUAGUUGAAGCACCAAUUAGUCAAUAGACAAUAGUAUUAAAUCAAUAUUGAUAUACAAUCUUUUUUUUUUUUUUCUUUAACAUAAAAAAUGUUAUCAGGUUCAUGAAUGUUACUGUAAUGUCAACAGCCUACAUUUCUGGAAAUGGAAAAAUUGUGAUGAUAUUAUUAUUGUUAUUAUUAUUAUUAUUAGCAGGCGCUACUGUGACUUCCUAAAUGUCUAAAUGAGUACUUGGACUUCAGUGUAAAUUAGAGCUGUGAAUCAUUGACCCUAGUGACCUUCGAGUCAAUGUUCACUAUUAUUUAUUGUCUCCAACUAUUUCUUACAGAAUUUUAAGUAUAAUAAACAGUGAAAUGCUGUUCAACUUGUGUUGAUUGUUUACAUUUCCUGUCUUGUAUAAUCCAAUAAUCUUGGGGUAAAAAAAAGUGUCUAGUGCAAGUAA